GUUAUUUCUCCUACCCGCCUGGGGAAGAGUCGCAGCCGGCCCUGCUAGAAAAGCAGCUGCUGCACAGUAACAAAAAUGGGGCGACCGCGAGAGGGAAGGCGGAUAGGAACUACGUCUCCAGUAUGGCCUGGGAGAUGGGGAAAAGCAUGCUAUCCCAGUGGAUUCGGUUCAGCAAGGACGGGGGGCUGCUGCACGCUGGGGGAAUGUCGUUGGGGGAAGAAAUAUGGGAGUGCACAUUACCUCCCCAUCCCCAUCCCCCUCAAUUGUUCUGCCAAAUCCCAAAGCCAAUCGCUGCCUGGGGCCACGGUUUGCAUGACAGAUUCAUCCGGAAGCCCAAACAGUACUACAUGUUGCUGCGCACGAUGAACUUGUCAACAUGCAAAAGCUGCAUGUUUUUCGUGCCAGUUUAUUCUCUUGCCGUUGCUGCCGUUCAAAAGUUGUGGAAGGGGGGUUGUGCACUUUCAUGAGAACCGCUUUCCGGAACCAGCGAAGAAGAGAACUGCUAUGACGCUGGAGACGGGGGUGGCACUGGAACCUCAUCAUCAGCAGGAGGGAUAAAUGGCGACGCGAGCCCAGGCGCUUCCAGUGCCACCUCUGCGCCAGUACUGCACGACGGCGGAACGACGCCGGUGGACACGGCCUCCGCGCAGGACUCAGAUGCAGCGCAGCGAAACAAGUAUCAAGGUCGUACAUCGGAGGACGACUCGCAGGCUGGAGACGAUGUAAAAAAAGCCGGCGCAAGUAGUACAACAGCGAAAAGCAAAAGUGCAGAUAGUGCUCCUGCUUCAUCGCAUAAAAUAAACAUGCAGAAAGAAGAUCACACGCUGCUCUACAAUUCCGUCGAAGAGGAUGAAGAUCCACAAGAUAAUUUCCAUGUUGAUGGCGAUAAAGAGACUUCUACUGCAGAAAGUAGUGCUGGAAUAAAAAUAGAUUCAACAUCAUCGGCGACCCAGAACCAGGGGACACUACCAGAUAAAAACACCCGGAACUACAAGCAGGUACUGCAUCGGCCGCGCAAGGAGCGCAUUUCGUUCAACACGGUUGCACCGAACCCGAAGAAGAAGAAACUGAUCGUGUCUUUGAUCUCCGCCACCAAUAGCGACCGCACGGAAGUUGUAAAGCACAUCUGCUCGGUGCUGUGGUCGUUGCCACAGGGAAGGCGCGACGAAAGUCCCUUUGUGGUGGCGAAAGCGGAUCCGAAUCCUCGGACGACCAAUUCAUCGCCAGGGACAGCUGUGGGCGAUACCAUGACGAACCAGGACACAGAGGAAGAGGAAGAUGGGAGUGACGUCGACGAGCGCAACCUCCGGAUGGACGACGCAAAAGAAGAUUUUGAUUCGCGAGUCGACCGAACGCUGCACGAGCAGAGGCGAACAACGGAGAAGUAUGUAGUUGACCCUUCAAUUAUAAGGGACGGCACUAGAAGAAUUUCUAUUGCAGGAGCCACUGCGACCAGCAACGGCAGUGCUAGGGGCGGCCCACCAGCACAGCAGGAUGCACCGGUCGAAGGAAAUAGACCUCCACCAGCUUCUCAUUACAGCAAUAAUUACAGAGACAGAAUAUCAAAAAACGACGACGAAGAUCAUGCAAAGCGCACCGAGUUGGGGGCUGGGUUGUACCACCAGAACACCGCUGAUAUUACGUCCCUCGCUGCAGUGAACAUGCACGCGAGCGAGGACGAAGACGCACUGUACGAGUAUGCGGACCUGAUGGACGACGAUCUGGCCGUUGUCGCGGAGCAAAACCAUCUAAAUGAGCACGAGGACCGGUAUGAUAAUGCGCGGAGGAGCCACCAGAUGAAUACUCAUCUUGAAGAGAACGCAAACCAGAGUUUUUCAGAAAAGGAAAGCCGCGAUGACGAAGAGAUAUCUUCGCUAGACUUGGAAGAUAAACUGCAUCAACUGUUCACGAUCGGUCGCGCGUCGAGGCGUGUCAACUAUCCCCUCCGAUCCACCGUGCUGGAUCCGGUUGGGAGUUUUUUCAGCGACUGGUUUCGGAGAUUCAAACAGAAGUUUUUUCCGAUGAUACCAACGGAAAGGAAAUCAACAUUUGGCAGCUCCUUUGAAGCCGAGCACCUUGUUCCUGGUUGUAUUGCUGACGGGGCUACAUCUUUUCGAAAGCAUUUCGGCAAGUUUUUCAAUCUUUUCUCCUGGUCUUCAGCGCGGGCAGCCGGAGUGGGAAAUAAUGAAAAAGCAGGAGCGGUUGAUGAAGAAAGGGAAGUCGUAAAAACUCCAGCUGAGCGGCAACAUGGUGACGAGAUCGACAACAGAAGAAAAGAGCAAAUCUUCAGCGAUCCUUCUAGAGCCGAGAACAACGACGUUGACGAGGUCCUUGUGAAGCAGUCAGACCAGCAGCUGCCCCGAAAGACCCACGACGCGCACCGGCAAAAAGAAUGGACGAAAAAGUCACAGUUGCCCGAACAAGUAGAACACUCCGCCGCGGAACGAGAUGAUAACAAGAAAGAUAUGCUGAUCCGCGCUGAUGUGUUUCAGGACCGGAAGGAGGCGCGCCCCAGAGUCUUGACAUCUGGAGAACAGCAGACUGGUCCCGAGGAAGAUCCCGACGCUGUCGAGGUGCCAAGAACGGUCGUCGCACCGCUGCAGCAGCCUUCCGGAAGUGCAACCCCUUCGACGAGCACUAAGGCGCAACACGAGAAGCUGGCGAGCUUUUUCCAACAGGCGGCGCAGAACUGGCGGGACCCCAGCGGGCAAGUCCAGUACGUGGUGUACUUGCUGCCGCCCACAAUGUCCGGUGCGGGUGGAGGAUCUAGCACAAUUUCGGGAGCCCCCGAGUCCUCUCCGCUUUCAGCAAGUGCCAGUACCGGCUUCGCUGGCGGGUCAUCCAAUGCAAUGAAAGUUCAGCAACGAGGGCAUCAAUCGGACGACGGCGAGAUGAACCUGAGCAGUCCGCAGUUUUUGAAGAAGCACCAGGAUUUGGUUCGACUGUUCGAGGAGAUGCGGCAGGUAUCGAACCUGAUUCUGUUCGACAUCUGCGGGCCGCCGGUGUUUUCGGGGGCGCGACACCUGAGCGACAUCGCGUUCGUCUACGACGCUGACGUGAUUCUGCCCAACCUGAUAGAGGAAAAAUUACCCAAUCUCGACCACGCACUCGUGCUCACCGAGAAGAUGUUCAUCCAGUCCGAGAACAUUUGGCAAGACCUACACGUGAUGAAGGAGUACUUCCCCAAACCAUCGCCAUAUAAUCGUCCUGUCGCGAAGGACCUGGGUGGUCUCUCCGAUAGCGAACAGCAGAAAGUGGAAUUUCUCGGCGCCGAUUUGGCCGAGCAACUGAGAAAAGCCGGCGGAAACAGUGCCGUGCUGAUGAACAAGCCGCGGGGGAGCAGCGCGUUUUCCAGGUCGGAGUUGAAGCAGAUCGCGGAGGAAAAUCGGAAGCAGCUGCUGGAAAGAAAAGUGUCCAACUUGUGGACAAACCAAUUCAACUGGGUUACGUGCCGGAUCCGGGGCUUCGACGGUGUGGACGCUACUGGAGGAAAUAAAGCAGCAGGGGAGGCUGACGGGCACCCUGCCGCUGGUGAUGUUCCUGCUCCCAGUGGUUCAACAUCCCAGCUUUCCGUUGCUAACGACGACUACGGCGUAGACCCGGCUUUUAAUUACUACCACUCCGAGCACUUUUAUGGAAUCAGGGAAAAAAGCUCGCGACGAGGUCGUUUCGCUCCAUCGCGAAGACAGUAGACAUUGUUUUAGAGUGUCAAAGUGGAAAUUUUUGUAUGCGUGAUUUGCAUUUGUAGGACCGCAGAAAAAUCAUGAGAAGCACAGUAGUGUCGAUGUCUGCGCACAUCCCAGCGGCACAGCACCACUUCACGAGUUCUAAACUUGGUGUAAGUUGUCAGUGCAAGAGGUCUGUGACCGGAGGAAUACUUUUUUGUAUCAGCAUUUGUUUCACCAGUUACUGUUUUCUUUCUCUACUUUGCGAUGGAUGAUGUUGUCGGAACUGAUUUAUUUCAAACUUUCCAUACCUUCUCCUAUUCCGACUACGAAGAUAACUUGUUUCUUUGGAGCACGGUGACCGCAAACGCGCUCAACGGUGCGUCAAAAGUUGGAAAGCCGCCACCUGUGGUUUCAAAUUCACCGAGCAAGAGCAGUAGUGCAAAUACGGAGCAGUCCACUGCAAAGAGCAAAAGCGCCGCGGCCGCGUCCAGUGCCGUUCUGGCCGACAGCAGCUUCGUUUUUGACGUCAGGAGGCACCGGUUUGCUCGGUGUCUUGCGGAAGCCGACCCCGGGGGUGAUGCGCUGCAUGUUUUCCACGACACUGCUAUGCAUUGCAAUUUUGUGAUGUUGACGUGUGAAGAACGCGAUAAGGAUGUAGCGGAACGAGAGUCCUUAUGACCUGAAGACCGGAGGUUGCGCUAGCAGGACAAAAGUUCUAGUAUUACGUGGCUGUUUUUUUGUGGAAUCUGAAGUUUUCGUCCUGCUUCUCAAUGUCCCGGAAGUGCGGAAGGCGAGUCUCAGAGUCGCGUGCCGCCGCACUUGUGGGACAUUCUCAUAAUCCUACGACUUCUGCGUAAACUUCUGUAUGCAAGUGCGCAAGGUGCUGCCUGGACACAUCAACAUGAACUCUCGCACGUUACAAGAUAUAGCGGCUCAACAGCGAGUGCGACGGGCAAUAUAUUAGACCCUCUGGCAGGACAAGGACAUGCAGCUCACCAGACCGCAGGGUCAGUUCGCGGCGAAGCAGCGUCCGGACCAGCGACCAGAGUGGAGCACGCCACCCGCGGUGAGGCACCAAUGGCUGUCGGCGAUGACGAAAACCUGACGACCGCUGUAUCCUCUGUAAAAACGUACUCACCUCCUCCCGAUAGUUGUCAAGAAGAGAAUCAAUUCUGGUGAUUUGCUGCGGCGCAACAAGAUAACUUCGGGACGAUAGCGCCGCAGUAAGUUAAUGCAGGAGGUAUAUCAAAUUCAAAAAUCGAUGCGCAUGCGGCUAUGAUCGUGAUUAAGUUUAAGUACUUAGCGCAUGACGAAUUUGAAUUUCGAUGAUGACGGUAAGUAGAAAUACUUCGCAGUAACAUAAAGUUCCGCAUGGGGCGAGACCACUUUCUGGGCAUGUGCAAUCGCAUGGCAACAAGUAUAGGCGGGGCGGGUACCUGUUUUUAUUUUACUUUGGAUACGCCAUUACCGGUGGCAGUGCGGCGUUUGUCUACGGACGCGCGCCGGAGGUACUCCGGUGGCUCAGCGGCCUAGACUUCCUGGUCGAGAAGUGCGGGAGCUUCCUUUUUGCGAGCAACCUGAACGUAUGAACUGCAAAUAUGUCUGGGUCUGGAAGAAUGCAGAUUUUUGUCAUGCUGUUUUUGCAUGGCACAAAAUGCCUGUCAUGGAAGCCCUAGCAUCACAGAUUUCCAGAAGCUUCCGCAUUGCUUAAUCCGCAUGACAAAUCCCCCACUUUGGUGACAUAACGUGGGCAGCUUUUACUACCUAUGCAUGAGAGAUUUUUCUAUUCUCUAAAAUGCGCAUCACAAGUUUGCAUUCUUCCAGACCCAGACAAAUUUGCAAUGCAUAGAACGCCGAGGGGCCGAGCGGGAUGGCGUACGACACCGUGUGGAACGCGUUCACGUCCCGGCUGAGCCGUUACUUCGGGUUCCAUAUCAAACGGAAAAAUCCCCCCUCCCCAUAACGAAAAGAAACGCCUCACAGAAUUUGUGAUGCUGAUUCGUGACCCCAAAUCGUGUUUGUCUUGCAAGAAAGCAACGGCAUAGGCGCCGCCCCAUUAUGCAGGCGGUUUGUAAUGCCGUUGGUCCUACAGCAUAGACGUUCCGCAUGCUAAGUGCCUAGGCCACAACCUCUCCGCAUUGGCAUGCUAUGGGCCUGCCGUCCUCCACUCCAAGGCAAAUCCGAUGUGCGUACACAAAUCCUGCGUCACAGAUUUCCACUUCGAUAUGGGGAGGGGGCAUUUUUCCUUUUGAUAUUCCACGCCCUGUCCCUCCAGGACGCGGGGUCGUCCUAUCCACUGCAAAAAGGUCUGGGUUCUCGGGAAAGUUGUGAUGCUGGAUAAAAAAUCGCCAGGACGACAGUUUGACUUUAGCUCAGGGCCAAGCAUGACAAAUUUUUGAGCUGCUACGGGUAUAGUUGUUUUGCAUAAAAAAGUGCGUUUCUGCAUGAAAGAGAAGUGUAGGGCUUGCACAACGCACAUGACAGACUUGCAAGUCUUGCACUUAGCUGAGCAUGAGAUUGUCCCAGACCGCCCAGAUGUAUCUAUUUGCAAUGGAUACGUCCAGUCACCAGCUGAUUUUCUCCGAGGCCGCCAGCACGUCCUUCCAGUUCGGGCUCUCAUGGCACUCGAAGCAGAUCCGCACGAACAGCGACGCGCCACUGUACCUGCAGUAUCGUACGAAAAGUGUGUUUCACUGGAAAGGAAUUUGCAUGUUUUGCAUCUUCUGAUCUUUCCGAGUUUCAGUUUGUUCUAUACGACAGAACAUUUGCCAUGAAUCACUGCUGAAGAUGCAUUAUCUUGCAUGCGUAGCGAGGCAAACAAUACUGCGCGAAAUAUUUUCUGCAUUUCCAACUUCACCGUGAAACAGUUUUUUCUCGCGAUAUGCGGUAUCCGAUCUUGUAUAACGGCGUGCAGCAGUAUCGCGAGAAAAAAACUGUCCCAGUUUCCACCUGUAACACAGAAACUCCUCGAUGCAGUUUUUUGUUUUAAUCGACAGGCAAGAAAAGCGCCUUUUUCUCAUUGUCUUGGGCCUGACGCAUGACAGAUUUUCUUUGUGCUUCGUGGAGGGCUGCGAUUUUGUUUUGCUAAGUCUGCACAGGCUUGAGACUCAACAGUUUUUUCCUGGGAUAAGCAGUUCAGUCAACAUCUAAAGCAGACGAGCUGGAAGGUGCCAAAUUGCAAAGAGUUCGUAUCAACUGCAAAAACGUCAGGCUGGGUCUAGAAACUUGUUGUGGUGUUAUUUUGUCAAUGUUAAAAAGCAGAUGUCAGUAAUACGCAGAUGAGUGUGAACAAGAGUUCUGCAGGUGCUCAUGGAUGUGUUUGUUACUUGGAUAUUGCGCAUGACAAGGAGCUUUUUUGCAUAAGAGACCAACCUGUCGAGCACUUCUGCAGCCGAGUAUUACAAAUGAAUCUCGCAUCAAUCUUUCUCCAGACCCUGGCAACAUAUUUUCAAUGCAUACUGGAAGCAGACGAACAACAUGGAUGUGAAGGGCUACGACAUCACCGGUUCUGGUGGUGCAACGUCGAAAAUCGACAUUCUGAGUUGUCUAUGCAAUGCACAAGUGCACCUAUGAGUAUCGCAUUAGUGAUGUAAUAAAGUGCCGCUACAAAUAUUCUGCUAAAGCAGGAAAAUCAGAGCGCUGUGUCAUGCAGAUUCAGGUACGGAACAGGUACAGGAAGCAGAUUUCGAUUUGUCAUGCAUGAUUGCAAUUCGUACGACUACGUCUACGUCUACAAGCGCGAUAGCACUAACUUAUGCACAGCAUAGUACCAGGCCGCCUGCCAGGCCGAUAAGGAGUGCGAUACCUUCGUGUUCGCGAGUGGCGCGAAAAUGUGCUACUUGAAAACCCGGGCACGCGGCAUCAUGGGGGAGGAAAAGCAAGGGCUGGUGCUGGCGCAGUGCACGCACGACAGGGGAUGAAGAUUCUCAGCAGAAAAUAUAUAUACGGUUUUGUGAUUCGUGCCUUGUUCUACUUACUAGUUUUUAUGUGAAGAUUCGGGUUCUUAUUUGUGAAGCUGAAGCCAGAGCAGGCACUGACUCGGCUGUGAGAUACGUGUGGUGCUGGUCCUCAAGACAGCUAUGAGUGCGUUCUUUCUCGUUAUGACUGAAGGUUCUCGUGAAAAAGGGAUGAAAUCAGUGCGAAGUACAAGAAAUCACGAUGGAGUUGUGCUUGAAAAUUCGCAGAACUACGUACAAGAAGGUUCACAUCCUGAAUAUUUUUCCGUCCUUUCCUGAAGGUGCGUCGCUUGCUGAACCUGACUCAAAAAUUUUGCUGUAGUGUUAUUUUAGAAGGCUUUUGCAUUUGCUGGUGUAAUUAGACGCGU